AUGGACCUUCAUGAUGCGUCUGGCUAUGUCAUGACACAGCCUCUGGAAGAUGUUCUCGCUGCUCUCCGUCCUGAUUAUUGCCUAGUUGAUUUUGGCGAGGAGUCUGUUGCUGUGUGUGUGCUGAUCGACUCGGCAAGCGCUGAUAAGGCGUUGGCACAGGACUUGGUCACUGCACUUGCUGAAGGAAGAAAACCUGAAUAUGGGCGGAUUCUUGUGUUUCCAAAACAAGAACUUAGGCAAGUUGCUUGUCGUGGUGAUCGGGUCAAGAAGUUCAGGUGGUUGUGGAAUUACCGGCGAGUGAAACUCACUCUCGAGGAAAAUGUAAUGGAAAACAUUCACUACCUGCGAACAGAUGUGGUCUGUGCUGUUGGUGUGGAUUGCAGAUUGGAAAAGCGAUAUCCCGGAAUGUUUGAGCUGAUGCUAACGUCUUGUUCAUCGCAUUACAACGUGGACCGAGAACUCAAGAAACUGGCGGAAGCCUUCUUAGAUCUGACAGACAUUCUGGCUAGCGGAAUAGCGGAGCUUUGCUCUGAUGUUCGAAGAACUUACGAUUCUGUGAAGAUGCGUGACUCAGUGCACUGGACUCUGAUUCAGGCAUUCAAUUUCGCUUUUCAAGUUCUGAAAGCUGAUGUUGAAGAAUGUAAAAGACUUGUGCUUGGUGACAAGGAUGCUAUAACGGUGACACCCAGACGUCGAAGUUCCACGAUGAGCUCGCGAAAAACUUCAGAUGAGAUCUCGUCAAAGCUGAAAAAAGUGUCGCUUGAAUCUCGUCGGGCGAGACUUGAAGCUGCCGCAUUAGAAACAGACGCGAAGGUGGCAAAAAGAUGGGAUCCCGCGUUGGAGUACGAAAAGUUUGAGCAUCAGGACGAAAUAGUCGGAAAUGAUGAAGAACGAAUGGGGACGUCACUUAUGGCAAUGGUAGAAAAGCAGAGUUUCUUCCAGUCUGCUUAUCCUAUGGGACGUGUGGUGACGAGGAAGCAUGAUGAGUUCAGAAUGGAGAACUACAUGGACCCAUCGAAAACUGCACCGUUCAAGUAUCAGAUUCUGGAGAAAUUA